CAAUCCCAUAAUCCUUGCAAACGGUGUAUUCAUUUGAAUGGCUCUGAACGUGAAUUCAAUUUGAAAAGCUAGCCAGACAUUUGUUGCAGGUUUAUACUUUACAGGUAUCUCCUUACUACUUCCACGUGGACUUACAUUGCUGAGGAGAGUCCUGACAUUUCGCAAAAUGUGACGUGUCUCUUACUAUGGCCUCUGGAAGUCAUGAUAGGCAAAGCAGGGAAUUCCAACAGCUCAACCAGGACAAACCUCAUGAAUUUCUCCAUCACAUCAGCAACCACUCUGCAGCUGACAAGAAUAUGAAGAGAUUUCCCGUGAGUCGCGGUGCACACAUCUCCGGCAAAGCGAAACAAGUGUCUGUGUGCUACAAGAGGAAGUGUUCGUUGUCAGGUCACAGUGUAGUGGUGAGCUCCGGUGUGCGCCACAGAGCGCCCCCCGCAGGUCGGGCUGUCUGUGACAUGGCCAACAAGGAGAAUGAACUGACCUGCCCAGAGGAAGRGCAGGCCAUACAUUACAAUGACAACUGCGUUUUCCCCGUAAACUCUGUAGCAGAAGCAGGCUCCAAGAUGGCAGGGCCGGGAAACAAGUGCAGUGAUUACUUCACUGAGCUAUCGAAGGAUCAUGACGCAAUGACACACGUGCUUUUUGGGAGGAAGCUKCGAUUAAAUGUAGCUCUGACACUAUGGCGAAGAAACGCCAGCGAACUAGUGGCAUACUUGAUCAGGAUUGAAGACACAGGUGUGCUUCUUGACUGCCUGCCAGUUAUAACGAAAAACCUUCAAGAUGAAGUGCCGUGCAUAUCGCUGGGCUGCUGUGUAGACCUCCUGCCACAAGUCAAAACCAUCCUCGCCAGUAAAUAUGAAGAACACUUGAUUGUGGGUUUACACUGGAUUCAGUCUGUCAUUAAGAAAUGGUGGCCAGAACUCUCCACAAACAGCAAUAGCCUGCAGGACAGCUGCUCAGAGGACAGGAACCUCCAAGUCAUGAAGCAGCAGCUGAAGGAAUUGUGGGAAGAAGGACCCCGGUUAAGUUUAGUCCCAGGAACUACAGGAGAGAUGGCAAAGGCCAUUGAGUCUUACUUAUUACAACUACACUGACCAAUCAGUCAAUGUAGCACUGAGGAAGCGACCACUACUGCCGGAUAGAGRUGUGUUUUUAAACGUUACCUGGAGCCAGUGACACUAAAGACAAGACAAUGCUCCACACACCCGACAGAAACCCUGUUCUAUUAUAUGGGGAUUGAUGGCCUGAGCAAUUCAGACCACUUCCGCACUCAAUCACAGCUGCAGAGACACUUACAGAAGGAGGGAGGAAGGAGCCUUUUCUCUUUGCAAAACCAGGAAUGACUACUUCACAUUGAAGUGGAUCGACGUCUUGCUACGGGGCAAUUCUUCAGUCGACCUCCAUGAGACUUGGCACCCUUAAGGCACCCUUAUUUCCUAUGUAGCAACAGGUGGACUCCAAUCUGGACUCCAAUCUGACCGGAAUGGGGGUGCCAUUUCAGACGCGCGCUGAGACUGGGUCUUGGCCGCUCUGUGACGUGCCACGUUCUCUCUCUCCACCACAGCCGCUCUUCCUCACCAUGGUGUGUAAACCUACAAAGAUCAUGGAUGUAACAUAAUGCAUGCCCCUUCCUUGUUUUAAUACMUCUUGAUUCUUCCACUCAUGUCCUGAAUGAAGAACUUGUAACUGCUGUGGUCUUAAGUUAUGAGAGCUCUUCUUGUUUUGUGUUUUUUUCCUGUUCAUGAAUGAUGUUUGACUGUAAAAGUGUAAAUACAGUGAUUCUUUUAAUCAUCUUUAAAAUAAAUUUGCUAAAAUCUG